AUGAAACAUCAAAAAGAAUUACCCAAAAAAUGGAAAAAGAAACAGACAGAAGAAUCUGAUAAUGAUUUGUUCGAAAAUUUAAAUAACAAACAAAUAAAAGAGACAUUUUUCGGUCGUUUAUUACGAAAGAUCAUAGACAGUGGUAUACCAAUUAAAAAAGCCCUCAAUGUCGUAUUUAUUGGUUACAUCUGUGGCAUUAUUUUAACCAUAAUUUGGUACAAUUAUGUUACAAAUGUGGAAUUGAAUACAUUACGUUGGAUUUGUUUCAUUGUCAUUGGUUUUGUAAUAUUGAUUUUAGCCUACAGUAUGGAAGUGAGAUGUACCGUCACCUUGGCCCUACCCAUUUUAUGCAGUUCCAAAGGUCGUUCGGUUAUAAUAGCCCUAGCAUUUUUCCUGGCCGCCACUGGACCUUCAGUUAAUAUCGUUCAUAAUAUCGAUGUGAUGGUAACAAGUCUUACGUGUGGUCAAAUGCAACUAAAGGAAGCUCUAAGUGAAAUGUUGGAUGCACUCAAAAAACCUCUCGUAUCAAUUAAGGAAGCCAUACGCAAUGCUAUAAAUGAUUUAAAGAAUGUCCUCAAAAAAGUACAAGUUGUUUUAUACAGAAUUGAGGAAUUGGUUAUAAUCAUUUUAGCCGGCAUUAAAAAUGCUUUCAACUGGCUGGAGAACAUUGUAAAAAUGUGUAAUACGGAAUUUGGCACUCCCUAUGAACGUUGCAUGAACAUCUCAGAACUUGCCAUGCAGGAUUGUCGUGACAAAUUGGGUCCUAUAAAGGGUCUGUGUCGCGUAACUCAUGUCUUUUCAAUGCUUUGCUAUACCGCCAAGAUUGUGGAUGUUAUAUGUGUUUUAGUGGAUUUUGUUAAUUAUGCCAUUAUCUCCACGGUUAUGAGCAAAUUAGGCAUCUUUGUGGCGGAAAUUAAGCAACUAUUUGAUGUUUCCAUUUCAUUUGAUCAUGAUUUUUAUUUUCAAACUACUUCCUCCAAAGAAUUGCAACAAGUUAAAAUUGAUAUAAUGGCUGAUAUUCACCGGCAAAUGAGAACAUUUGUAUUAAUAUUCGGGUGGUUGGAUUUAAUGAGUUUGUUCCUAUUAUUACUGAUUGUAAUCAAAGCCAUUUAUUUUCGCCUAAAAUAUAUUAAUAAUCCUGGCUACCAAAAUACCUACAUUACUAAUGAAUUUCUGGAAAUCGAUGAGAAACGAAAGGCCCUACAAAUGGAAACUGCUUUACCUUUGACCUUUACUGAAAGUUUCAAAUAUCCUGGGCUUACUGAUUGCCGUCUUACCAAACAGGAAUGGUUGGAUAUUGCCCGUUCCAGUAUGUUCCUAAUUAUAACCAGUAUUCAAUUGUUUUGUAUAUGUUUUGCGGACUAUUGUCUGUAUUGGAUUUUGGCCAUGAUUUCAUUUUAUGGUCAUAAAGAGUUGGGAUUUGAAGUUCCUCCCUAUAUUACGGUUGAGGUUGAAGGUGGUGGUUUUGUGGGUGAAAUAUUUCGUGGCAUUGUACACGCCUUCGAACCAAUAACGCAAAAUUAUACCAUGGACUCCCAAAAAUGUUUGCCCAAACCCAGAACACCAAAUUUUUUUAAUUACUAUUUAAUAACAAUGAUUGUAAUAAUGGCAUGGAUAUUUCUGUUUUGUCAACCCUACGGACUGCGUUUAAGACACAUAGUGAUGCGUUUGUAUUAUCCCGAAGUGGCGCGACAAAGAGCUGCUUGGUUACACAGUAAAAUUUUAUUGAAGAGAAUGUCUUUCUUUAAAAUGGCCCGACGUAAGGCUCGUUUAUUAUUUAGUAAAACUUCCACUAAAGAUAAUGUUUCAUGUUUGGAGUGGUUAAGGGUUCAAACAGAUCAAUAUUGGAUUUGUGGUAUUGUAUUGGGUCAAAGAUCCAAGGAUAAAUGUUUAUUGUGUGGCACUCCUUUAGCUAGUGAUCAGCGAAUCAAAUGUGAAACUGUUGGUUGUUCGGCUAUUUAUUGCAAGAAUUGUUUUAAAGAAUCCUUUCAAAAGUGUUGCCUCUGUAAUAAUCCUGUAGAAUAUGGUGAUUUCAGUGAUUUAUCGGAAGUUGAAGAUUCUUCCGAUGAUCCCGAUGCUGUUCAUGUUGAUGAGACCGAGGAGUACUGUGUUUUGUAA